AUACCUACUCUCUCUCUCUCUCUCUGCUCCACCUAACUACAAACUGCCGCGCUCUCUCGCUCUCUCUCUCUCUCCCUCCCUCCCUCUCUCUCUCUCUCUCUCUCUCUCUCUCCCUCUCUCUCCCUCCGGAGCAGAAAUGCAGCAGAGCUUGAUCUGACUUGUCCCCAUUGCUGGAAGUGUUGUCUUGCUUCUCGGAACUUAUUUGCGUGCCACACUCGCGCUGUGAUAUGGCCAUUUCUGUUUCUCUCCAGUGUCUGGGGCUCAUCAUACUCGCAGCAAUCCUCCUCCAGACCAUCGCGGUUGCCGUCAGUUUUAUGUACUUCAACAAAGUCCUGAGCACGAUGCAGGAGAGUUUCUCCCAGAGUAGCGUUUCCUGUCUGAUUAAUGCAAAUCUGCGCUCUGACUUUGAAGAUUCAGCAGAGGACAAGAAGAGCGACCCCUGCUGGCAAGUCACGCAACAGCUCCACUACCACAUAGAGAAGACGAUGGCUGAUAGAUUCCAGAAGGAGAUAUCCACUGCCAUGAGAGAUAAGCUGACAGGAGUGAUGCCUAUCCUGAGCCCUGGGGUCCGAGGGGUCCCUCUUCCUAAAGUUGCUGCCCAUGUGACUGGUGUCACCUCGUCCACAGAGCCUCCAACAGCAGAUGGCUCGCGGAGCAGCAGGGGGUACCUGGGGGAGCGAAUCAGAGCGUGGGAGGGCCAGAGAGGUUUGUCCUUCCUGCAGAACAUGGAGCUGAGGGGAGGAGAGCUGCUGGUGCCCAGAGCAGGCCUCUACUACAUCUAUGCACAGACCUAUUUCAGACUGCCCUCCACGGGGGAGACAGAUGGGGAGGCAAAGGGGGAGACAGGGGAAACAAAAGAGGAGGAAGGAGUACAGCUUGUCCAGUAUAUCUACAAGAAGAUGAGUUCCUACACUGUGCCCAUCCUGCUAAUGAAAUCGUCCCGGAGUGCCUGCUGGCCUCGGGGUCCAGAGCCUGGUCUCUUCUCCCUGCAUCAGGCCGGAACUGCCUUUCUACAGCCUGCUGACCGCCUCUUCAUCACUGUUAGCAAUGCCAGCACCAUGGAGAUGGACGGGAGGGCAAGCUACUUUGGGGCCUUCCUUGUGGGCUAAAGAGUGGGAACCUUGGAUUAGAAAUGUCCAGGACAUUGAUAUAGACAUCAACAGAACGUAACCCAAAUGUCAGGGGUUUGCUUGAUAAUAUGAGCAGCUGUCUGAGGGUACAGGAUUGGUGAAUAAGAAUGCACUCUGAGGAGUGCAAAGGACUUCUUCAGGACCAUGGAGCUGUAGGGAUAUGAUCGAACUGAGCUGCUGGCAGACUCAGUGACCCAAAAUGGCGAGGAAGAAGAGCCAUUUGCUGUGUAUUUACUCCAGCAGUCACAGUUAAACCUCACCUAGGUUUUUAACUCUGUUUUUAAGGCUGGUAAACAGAAUUUACUGUAUGACAGAGCAAACAUGGACUAUGUGGUGCAUUCGGAGUACUGGGCAUUUGGAGCAGUACAAUAGAUACAGAUUAAAUGUUGUGCUCUCAUGUGUGAAUGACUUCUAUUGAGAACAGAGUGAGCUGUUUUGCCUGCAGGUCAAACAGUUGACUUGUUAUGCCCAGGAAAUGACAGUGCUGUUGGACACAUGACACUUAACUGGUCUUUUUUUAUUAAAAAUAAGUAUCAAAACAUGCUCAAAAGCUCAA